UAAAAAAAAAAAAUUAAAAAAAAUUAAAAAAAAAAGUUUUAUUUUUAUGCUUUAUUUUUCUCCUAUAAGCGACCCUGGAAAAGGGAUUGCAUCAAUUUUAAGUUUUGGGGAAAUUAAGAUUCUUUUGGAUCCAGGUUCAGAUGAUCUUCUUUCAGAGUUUGUGGUACUUGAUUUUGUCCCAGAUUUGAUUCUUUUUUCUCAUUCAGAUAUAUUUCAUUUAGGAUCAUUUGUUAAUGGCUUUAAAAAUUGUGGAUGGCAUAAUGUACCAGUAUAUGCAACACUUCCUAUUUUUAAUAUGGGUCGGGUAACAAUGAUUGAUUGUUACAAGAACCUUUUGGAUGAUAGUAUAUCUAAAAAGGAUAUUGAUGAAGCCUUUGACUCUAUAAUUACAUUACGUUAUUCUCAGCCAACGUCUCUUUCUGGGAAAUUGGAUGGUAUCACUAUUACGGCAUAUAAUUCAGGCCAUUCUCUUGGUGGUACUAUCUGGAAAAUUACAAAGGACUCUGAGAAUAUUGUCUAUUGUGUUGAUUGGAACCAUUCUAAAGACAGCCAUCUUAAUGGGAGUAUUCUUUAUUCUAAUGGUGUUGUAUUAGAUGCUUUAAGUAGGCCAACAACUCUUAUAACAGAUGCAAUAAAUUCUAAUGUCUUUAUUCCUUCACGUAAAAAAAGAAUAGAAGCUUUUUUUGAUUCUAUUAGAAUUACGCUUAUACAACUUGGAAGUGUAUUAAUUCCGACAGAUGCAGCAACACGUUCCCUUGAAUUUUGUUGGAUUUUGGAACGUUAUUGGCAACAACACAAUCUUCAAUAUCCUAUUUAUUUUCUUACUCAUGCUGGAAGUAAACUGAUAUCAUAUGCUCAAAGCAUGAUGGAAUGGAUGAGCGAUUCUAUUAUUAGUGAAUAUGGAUCGAAUGGAAAUGUAUUUGAAUUUGCACAUAUUAAAAUUAUUUCUAAUGAACAUGAGCUUUCUUCUAUGGUAUCUGGUCCUAAGGUUAUUUUAGCAACUAGUGCAAAUAUGGAUUGUGGAUUUUCUCAAAAAAUAUUUCUUAAUAAUAUUGCAAAAGAUUCGAAAAAUUUAGUUAUUCUUUCUCAAAAAUCUAUAUAUUAUGAAAAUUCUUUAUCAAAAGAUCUUUUGGAUCGUUGGAAUAUGGUUACAAAAGGAUAUAAUCAAUCUAUAGCUUCAUCAGUUGUUUUAAAUUUUAGCAGAAAUAUUACUAUUCGUACUUUAGUACCAUUAGUAGGUGAUGAAUUAGAAAAAUAUCAAGAAAAAGAGAAACUUUCUCGAGAAAAAAAAACUACUGAAUUGAUUUUAGAAUUUCAAAAUAGAGAUCUUUUUGAUAGUUCUGAUUCCGAUUCAAAUGAUGAUGAUGAUGAUAAUAAUAACCAUAGAAUGCAUUUCAAAAAUGAUUCUAUAGUAGCAAAAGGCUCUGGAUCUUUGUUAAACCCCGGUAUUCAUGAUUUAUAUCUUCAAACUAAUGAAAUAAAAAAAAUGUUGCCACGUUGUAAGAUGUUUCCAACUCUCGAGAAAAGAAGAAGAUUUGAUGAUUUUGGCGAAAUAAUUAUACCAGAAAAAUUUGUUCGUGUGAUGGAAGAGGACUUAGACUUUAAUAUUACUAACGAAACUAACAAAUCGAUUAAUACUCUAACUAAGAAGCGAAAAUGGGGAGGUGUUUCUAACAACGUGCAAACUAGGGAAAAUACUGAUAAAGAUGUUCAUAUUCCUAGCAAAAUCGUUGUUAGUGAAGAGAAAAUAAUGAUCAAAUGUUCUCUAAGGUAUAUAGAUAUGGAAGGGUUACAUGAUGGAAAAAGUUUAAAAACUAUAAUUCCAAUGGUUAAUCCAAGAAAGCUUGUUCUUAUUCAUUCCAAUCAAGAGACUAGAAACAACAUGAUGACUACAUUUAAAACUUUAGUUUCUUUUACUAAUGAUAUUUAUUCCCCUCUACAAGGAGAAGUAUUGAAAAUCGGCAUAGGACUUAAUUCUUACAAUCUCAAGCUCUCUGAUGAUAUUAUAAAUACUUUAAGAUGGAAGAAGCUUGGAGACUAUAAUAUAUCACAUGUUAUUGGAAAACUUAAAUUUUGCACGGAUUCUUUCCCUAAUGAAACAGAUCUUCCUACUUUAGAUGUUUUACCUAUGAAUUCAAAUUUAAAAAAUAUUCCCCAAUCUCAUCCAUUAUUUGUUGGUGAUGUUAAGCUUGCGUAUGUUAAACGACUUCUUCAAGAACAAGGGCAUAUAGCAGAACUCAUUGGUGAAGGAAUGCUUUUAUGCGACGGUCUAGUAACAGUAAAAAAAAUUGCAGGUGAUAAAGUUAUUUUAGAGGGUGGAAUAUCUCAAGAAUUUUAUGAUGUAAGAAAAAUAGUAUAUGAUAGUAUUGUAGAAUUUUUAUGAAAUUCAUGUUAUUCUAUUUCAAAUUUAUUAAAGAAAUUCUAUU